AAAUGUCAGUUGCCUCUUGUUCAAAAAGUAGAAGAAUGGAUAAUGUAAAUAAUAAAGAAGAGAGAAUAUAUGAGAAAUGGGAACGUUUACACAAUUGGCUACAUUGUAUAUGCAUUGUUACAUUUGAUCUUGAAUUGGGUCAAGCUAUAGAGGCUAUAUAUCCUGGUCAUAUCACGUUAUCUGAACAAGAGAAAUCUAAUGUCUGUUAUCUGGCUUUUCCUGAUUCUAACUCUGGCUGCAUGGGAGAUACUCAGUAUCAUGUCAGGAUAAGACAGAAUGGAGCUACAGUUCAAGAGACUAAAGCUUUAAAAGAGUACGACAGGAGGUCACCUCCAUUUUUACAAUGCGAUAAAGACUAUUACUGGGGAUAUGUGUACUUCCGUCAAGUAAAAGACAAGUCCCUUCCAAGAGGAUAUUUCCAAAAGAGCAUUGUUAUAAUUACAAAACUGCCAUUUGUGAAUCUCUUUGGUGAAUUAUGUGCUUUAAUUGCACCUGAAUUUUUUGAAGUCGGUAGCCCUGUCAUGGAAGUUAUUGUAAAAGAAAUUGACCAAUGGCCAUCUCCGGUACCUGGUCAAAUAGUACAUUUACCACUUAUAGGAGUUUUAUUUCAGACAUAUAUUCCGAAUCAAAACUAUAAAUCAACUGCACCCACAAUUGCUGCCAUGGAUCAUGCGCCAAAUUUUCAUGCAACCCGAAGACUACUUCUAACAUCUGCCUAUGAGGGAGAUAUGUUUAGAAGUUUAGCAAGCGUCGUAAGUUAUGUACACCUGCUAUGGGAGUUAGUGUUACUUAGUGAACCAAUUGUUGUUAUGGCUGGUUCACCUACUGGUUGCUCUGAUAUGGUACAAGCACUGAUUGCGAUGAUAGCGCCACUAAAAUAUUGUGCCGAUUAUCGACCUUAUUUUACGAUUCAUGAUUCUGAGUUUAAAGAGUACACCACAGAUGCUCCAUCACCUCCGGCGGUCAUAUUAGGUGUAACCAAUCCAUUUUUCGCCAAGACGCUACAACAUUGGCCUCACAUUAUUCGAAUAAGUAACGGAACCAGUAAUGAAAAUCAAAAGUACAAAAUAAAAAAGUCGGAGAAUCUCAAAGUGUUGGACUCGAAGCCUGGAGUGUAUACACAAUAUAAGCCAUUCCUUCAAAAGGAUAAAACUAUAUUAAAGAAGUUGUUCAGAGGUAUCCAAACGAAGAGGCCGGGUGAAGUGCAAACGGCUCUUCUGAAGCGUCAUUUGAUAGAGUUAACAGAAAGCUUCAUGAUACCCCUUGAACGAUACAUUGCAAGUCUUAUGCCACUGCAAAAGGACAUAUCACCUUUUAAAGCUACACCUAUACCUGAAUUGUUUAAUCCAGACGACUUUUUGGCUACCUUAAGUAGUGCUGGACCCCAGUUGACUACAGGAAUUAAAGGUGAUUGGGUAGGAUUGUACAGACGAUUUUUUCGUUCGCCAAAUUUUUCUGGCUGGUUUCAUACCAGGUACACUGAGUUGUCACAAAAAUUGCAAGUUAUACAACUUGAGGCACUAUCACAAGCGGAUUUAAAGACAUGGGUGCAAGGAAAACAGGAGGUAGAACUAGUUGAUAUGAUUCUCAGGAUCCGACAAAAAUUAGAAAAGACUUAUAUCGAGGAAGUACCUAUAGGUAACUCGGUAAGAGAAAGGCUCCAAGAACGAAUAAAUGACAUCACGCAUACAUUACCGGAUGACCUGAAAGAUAUUUUGAAUCAUGAGUCCUGACAUUACGAUUAUACCAUAAAUAUUAAAACUCGCUAAUGGUGGCCCCAUUUAGAAAUAAACAGCAAUCGUAAGCAUGUCAAUGGCGAAACUAUAGAUUAAAAGUAUGUUCAAGCAUCGCUCUCUUU